CAUUUUGGCUGACCGCAGACUCCGGCACGCUCGCUCUCUGAUUGGCUGACCGCAGACUCCGGCACGCUCGCUCUCUGAUUGGCUGACCGCAGACUCCGGCACGCUCGCUCUCUGAUUGGCUGAGCAGCGCGACGUGGACGACAGGCAUCCAACAGGUUCUGCAGACCCGGUCUCGUUUCUGUGGAGGUUUACCCGCCGGAGCGCUGGAUGAGACCACAGCUUCGUUGUAGCGGAGGGAGAGUCGCUUUUAGAUUGAAAGGUCUGGUGAAGCAGUGAGUGUGUGAGGAAGAGCAGCAGGCAGAAGCAUGAAGUCUAAAGGGAAAGCUGUGAAACGCUCCAGGACCACCUGGUCCGACCCGGAUCCAGCACGCAGUCUGGAGCCUGACACCGAGCCCGGAUCCAGCGAACAGGAGGGCUCUGAGGACUCGGUCCAGAUCGGCGGUGGUUGGAGGAGUUCUCUGAGGAGAGGAGCGCGAGAGAGACGAGAGGGAGGAAGAGGAGGGGCGGGCGGAGAGGGAGGAGGAGGAGGAGGUGCGGGGGUGAUGUCUGCGUUGGGCCCUCACCGCUGCCGCCGCCGGCAACACAGCACCGGAAGCAAAGAACACAACGUCCGGCGUCUGGAGAGCAACGAGCGGGAGCGGCAGCGCAUGCACAAACUCAACAACGCCUUCCAGGCCCUGCGGGAGUCCAUCCCGCACGUCAAGAUGGACAGGAAGCUGUCCAAGAUCGAGACGCUGACGCUCGCCAAGAACUACAUCCGAGCCCUGACCACCAUCAUCCUGGGCAUGUCCACCGCUCGCCUGCCCGCCGGCGAGGCCUCGCCCGAGAACAGCGCCGCCAAGCUGCUGCAGUGUUACCAGCAGCACCUGGAGGAGGAGGAGGGGGAGGAAGGUUUCACCCAAUACCUCGCCCACCUGCACGCCUUCAGCCAGCGCAGCUAACAUGCCGCGGAGGGCGGACCCAGAGGGACCUCCCCCUCCUCCUCCCGCCUGGGGAUGGAUGAUGGACGCGAGGGACCAAAACUCUUUUGACAAAGAAUGAGAAGCUCUGAUUGGACGUGACGUGUCAUGUGAUGAGUCAUCAUCAUUUUGUUUUUUUGUUUCAUGUAGAAAAAUGAACGUGGCCUCGUCUCUGACCUGGUGUCCCGGACGAACCGGGCAGCACCGUUCACCUCAUCACCAGAAGUGCUAACUGUCUCCACUGAUGAAGACUGCAAGGUCUUGUCCCGAUACUCUGCUUUGUACUGCAUACUAACAGAAUAUACUACAUACUUACUUAUGCUGUUCAUUACUCAAAACCUGUUUAGUGUGCGUCAUAAAUACAGUGCACUAUCCUCAGUCGACUAAUGGAAGUGGAUAUGGCUCACACAACCUGUCUCCAUGGUAACCACGCAACGUCCUGGCAUUGUUCUGUGUACCAUAUGUGUCCCAAAUCCAUACUUUAUACUAGUGUGACCGGUUAUUUUCUUGCCCGGUGCGGGAUUCGAUCCG